AUGUCUUCCCCUGAAAUUGCUUCCCUUUCUUGGGGUCAGAUGAAGGUGAAAGGCUGCUCUACAACGUACAAGGACUGCAAAGUAUGGCCGGGAGGAAGCCGAACCUGGGAUUGGCGAGAAACUGGGACUAAU